AUGAUGUCCCUCCUGACGCUUGCCCUGUGGGCUGUUACCCUCCUGACGCUGGUGUUCGGCGCCGAAGUGGUGCCCCGCGCGACUUUCACCGAGGUGACGGACUACGGCUCGAACCCGACUGGCACCCGCAUGUGGCUCUACGUGCCGCGGAACCUAGCGGCGAAGCCGGCCGUCGUAGUCGGUAUCCACUGGUGCAGCGGCAGCGCGCAAGCCUACUACCAGGGCAGCAUGUGGGCGACCAACGCGGAGAAGUACGGCUACAUUGUCGUCUACCCGCAGACGCCUUACACGCGCGACAACUGCUGGGAUGUGGCGAGCAAGAUGACGCUGACGCACGGGGGCGGCGGCGCGAGCAACUCGAUUGCCAACAUGGUGAGCUUCGUGAUUGCGCAGUAUGGCGCCGACAAGAGCCGGGUGUUUGCGACGGGGAUCUCGUCGGGUGCCAUGAUGACGGUACGUCUGGGAUCCCGUGGGCUCCUCCUUUGUGAGAUGCGUGACGUUGACGGACGUGAGCAGAACGUUCUCGCGGCGACGUACCCCGACGUCUUCGCCGCCGGCAUCGCGUACGCGGGCGUGCCGGCCGGGUGCUUCAUGUCGGCGGACGACAUUCCCGACUUCUGGAACUCGACGUGCUCGACGGGGCAGUCCAUCUGGACGCAGCAGCAGUGGGCCAACGUCGUCAAGGAGAUGUACCCCGGGUACACCGGGGUGCGGCCCCGGAUGCAGAUCUACCACGGAACGGCGGACGAGGCGCUCAACGUGCAGAACUACUACGAGACGAUUAAGCAGUGGACGGGCGUGUUCGGGUACUCGACAACGCCCGUGUCCCAGACACCCAACUAUCCCCGCAGUCCGUACACGAAGUACGUGUAUGGGGACAAGCUGCAGGUGGGUUCAAGGCCGAGGGGUGAGGAGAAGGAGGCGGCUGAUGGCGUGUAG